AUGUCUUUCAUAAAUGAACCAGUGUUGAAUAUAAUAGUUGUAGGCUUCCACCAUAAGAAAGGUUGUCAGGUGGAACAUUGUUACCCUGAGCUAGUGCCAGGUCGCCCAUCAGAACUACCACCAGCUUGGCGCUAUCUUCCAGCUCUAGCCCUGCCAGAUGGAUCACACAACUACCUAUCUGAUACAAUAUAUUUUACUCUACCAGGUUUGACUGAACCUGCUCAUACAGUGUAUGGUAUAUCAUGUUUUCGCCAAAUACCUUUAGAGCAAGUGACUCAAAAAACUGAGGAUAUGACUCGUAGCUCUGUUCAGAAGAGUGUUUGUAUAAUAUGUUGUGUGCCUCUUUUUGGCCGUCUUGCUGUCAAAAUGGAAUUAGUUGUGAGAGCAUGGUUCCUACAGGGCGAUUUCUCUCAAACAAAGCUACUUGAAGAUGCUUUUAAACAUCUUAAUAGUUGUCCUAUACAAAUAGACCAAGCUCUGGAAGGAUUGUCAAUUACAAAGUUAGUAGAAAAUUGGAGGCAUAAGGCUUUAUUGCUUUUUAAACUAUUACUAUUGAGGCGAAAAGUUGUUAUUUAUGGAUCACCUGUUGGGGCUCUAUCAGGAACUUUGUUAACUCUUAUAUCACUAUUACCACGUUGCCUAGAGUAUGGCUUGUCACAAUCUGCAAAUGUUGUUCUAUCAAGGCCAUUGUCACCUAUCCCUUCAGUUCUUCCAGAAAAAAUAGAAAUUGUUGAUACAAAUACAACCAUAGUUAAUGGAACAAGUCAAUUAGAUGAGGAAUUAUCUCCUAAAGAAAGUGGAAAUAUGUUGGAGGAAAAGGAUAGAGUGAGUAGACAAAGUUUUGAUGAGUCUCUAUUGUCAGAUGUGGUUGACAGGCAGGAUCUGUCCUCUGGCAGAGAGAAAUGUCACAGUAUUGGUGAAAAAUAUAAGUCACAGAAACCAGUGUCAGAGGCUCAGCAAAGCCCUACCAUGGCGAGGGACAUGAGUGUCGAUGGCCUUUAUAACUUGACUGGUCAGAUAGAUCAAACAGAGUGUGGAUUUCCAUUGCCACUCUUUGAAGAUGGAUAUAUUUGCUUACCAUACCUGUCUCUGCAGUACUUAGACCUGCUCUCUGAUGCAGCUGUUAAGGGUUUUGUUGUUGGAGCUUCUAAUGUACUUUUUAAACAAAAGAGGCAGCUGUUUGAUGUGUUAGUGGAGCUCAAUGAGAUGAGGAUAGAGACAGCUGACUUGGGUUUGAGGAGACAGCUCACUCUUAGUACGGAAGAUCUUAGGUUUGCUGAUCAUGUAGUUCGUCAUGCCUCCUCACAGGGUGACACCUGGAUACGGGACCAAUUUGCUAGUUACUUAAUUUAUUUAUUGAGAACAUCAUUACUUCCAGAAGGAAGUCGGGAGAUCGAAUCUUACAAUGCGCAGUUCAUGGCGGCAUUCAAAUCGACACCCGCCUAUGAUAAGUGGUUAAAAACUACAAACAAUGCGGACAUUGAGUCUUUCAUGAACCUAACGCCGAUGCAUCCGUUUUCUGGUCAAUUAUCUGUAGCUGAUAUGAAGUUAAAAUUGGCACACACGAUGUCCACGACGGAGGGCGGGCGCAAGGUGUCUGCGGCGGUGGCGAGCACGGGGCGCGCGGUGGCGAGCACGUCGCGCGCGGUGGGCGGCGCCCUGUCGCACGCGCGCGGCGCUCUCUCGGGCUGGUGGAGCGCCCUAACCACGCCCGCGCCGCCCUCCGACACGCCCUCGCUGACCUCCGAGUCGGAGGACAACGACGGGGAAGUGGGGGAGGCGAGGGAGGCAGGGGAGGUGGGGGACAACAGAACGCAGCCCGACGCAGAAGCCGACCCGCCAGACAAGCUCAUAGAAGACGACACCCUCACUAACCUUAGCAAAAUAAGAGUCAUU